UCUCCUCGCUCUCUGACAGAUUUCCUCUCCUCACUUCUCCUCCUCUUUCUUCUCUCCACCCCUCAGCACCACAAAGGCAAGCAUUGGAUCAGCUCACACAGCUAAUCUAAAUACUGUAAGAGCCAAAGCCUGUAGUUCUGACUCCAGGUCAGCUUUAGAACCUGAAGACAGCCGUGUUUGAGUUCAGUGAAGUUUUCAGGUUUGAAAGUCACCAUGGUUGACAGCAUGGACAUGGAGAAGGAAGAAAAGCGUUACUGCAUCCGCAGUAAGCAUGUAAUCAUCAUCUGUGUGACGGUAGUGGUGUGCUCUUUGGCGGUGGGCCUCGGGGUGGGCCUCUCCAGGUCAGACACCACCACCACCACCACUCCCACAGCCUCAACACCAGCCCCCACAACAGCGCCUACCCAGCCCCCUCCGCCUGCCAGAGGGCCCUGUAAGCCCUCCAGUGACUCUACCGGAGACUGGAAGAAUUUCCGUCUGCCCAGCUAUGUGAAGCCAGUCCACUAUGAUCUGCACCUGGAACCAGACCUGGUUGAGGACACCUAUACAGGCACAGUGGACAUCCAUGUGGAAGUCAGCAAGCCCACUCGCUAUCUGUGGCUCCACAUUAGGGAGACGUUUGUCAGCGCCAUGCCCAGGCUGAGGAUGCUGAAAAGCCAGCUGAGCCAGAGGGAGGUGGCAGUGAAGAGCUGUUUUGAAUACACUCCACAGCAGUAUGUGGUGGUGGAGGCGACAGAGGAGCUGCCCAUCACCGGCCCAGGAGAACUGUACGUCCUCAGCCUGGACUUCCAGGGAUGGCUCAACGGUUCCGUGGUAGGAUUCUACAGGGUCAUCUACACUGAGGACGGGGUCCCUAAAAAGAUUGCUGCGACUGAUCAUGAGCCAACAGACGCUCGCAAGUCAUUUCCCUGCUUUGAUGAACCUAACAAGAAGGCCACCUACAAAAUUUCCAUCACUCAUGAUGAUACCUAUGGAGCUCUGUCCAACAUGCCACCUGAGGGCACCCCUCAACCACUGCCUGGCAAUAAAGUGAAGACCACCUUCCAGAAGUCCAUUCCAAUGAGUACCUAUUUGGUAUGUUUUGCUGUGCACCAGUUCGGUCAUGUGGAAAGAACUUCUGCCCGAGGAAUUCCUUUGAGAAUCUACGCCCAGCCAAGUCAGAUAGCAACUGCAGAGUAUGCAGCCAACACAACCAAGGUCAUCUUUGACUACUUUGAAGACUAUUUCAACAUGACAUACUCCAUCUCAAAACUGGAUAAGAUAGCCAUCCCUGACUUUGGUACUGGUGCUAUGGAGAACUGGGGCCUCAUCACCUACCGGGAAACCAACCUGCUGUAUGAUGAGAAACAGUCGUCAUCCUACAACAAGCAGCGAGUGGCAAGUGUUAUUGCCCAUGAGCUGGUUCACCAGUGGUUUGGGAACAUUGUGACUAUGGAUUGGUGGGAUGACCUUUGGCUCAAUGAGGGCUUUGCCAGUUUCUUUGAGUACAUCGGUGUGGAGGAAGCUGAACCCAGCUGGGGCAUGCGAGACAUCAUGAUCAUCAGUGAUGUGCUUCCUGUCAUGGUGGACGACGCCCUCCUCUCCUCCCACCCGAUCAUUGUGGAUGUGUCGACCCCAGCUCAGAUCACCUCUGUGUUUGAUGCCAUCUCAUAUAGCAAGGGAGCGUCCAUUCUCAGGAUGUUGGAGGAUUGGAUGGGUAAAGAUAUGUUCAGAGACGGCUGCCGAAAAUAUUUGAAAGACUACUACUUCAAGAACGCCAAAACAGCGAACUUCUGGGCAUCCCUCGCCAGUGUGAGUGGGCUGCCGGUUGCAGACGUAAUGGAUACAUGGACCAAACAAAUGGGUUAUCCUGUGCUGCACCUGUCUGUCUCAGAGACGAAUGCCAAACUAACCCAAAAGCGAUUCCUCCUGGAUCCUAAAGCGGAUGCCAGUCAGCCUCCUUCACCUCUGGGGUACAAGUGGACAAUUCCAGUCAAAUGGCACUCUGUGGAAAGUGACAAAAAUACGUUGGAGAUGUUUAACAAGAGCAGCACAGAGCAUGUCAUCAGUAACUACUCAGCCUCAGAGGACGGGCUGCUGAAGGCUAACAAUGAUCACAUUGGAUUCUACAGAGUCAACCAUGACGACCUCAUGUGGGACGCUAUCAGUCAACAGCUGCAGAACAACCACUCGGAGUUUGAUGCAGCUGAUCGCACCAGCUACAUUGAUGAUGUUUUUGCUCUUGCAAGGGCUGAUGUAAUAGAUUAUGGUAAUGCCUUCAAUCUUAUCAAGUACCUGACAAAUGAGACCGACUACAUAGUGUGGGACCGCGUGGCCUCCUCUAUCGCCUAUGUCCGGGACAUGCUCUCCAGCAAUGCAGCACUCUACCCAAAGUUUCAGAAACUGUUUCGUGGCCAUGUUGAAGCAAUCACAAAACAACUUGGAUGGACUGAUGAGGGAACACAGACGGAGAGGUUACUGAGGGAGAAUGUGCUUGGCAUCGCUUGUCGGAUGGGAGAUCAGGGGGCUCUGGAUGAAGCCUCCAGCCUUUUUGACCAGUGGAUUAAUGGAGGUCUCAGCAAUGUAGCAGUGAACCUGAGGCUGCUGGUCUAUCGAUAUGGCAUGAAGAACUCAGGCACAGAGGCAAAGUGGAACAUAAUGUUCCAGAGGUACAAGGAUACUUCUUUGGCUCAAGAGAAGGACAAGCUGCUGUAUGGACUGGCCUCUGUGGAGAACGUGCAACUGCUCUACAAGCUCCUGGAGGCUACUAAAGAUGAGAAUGUGGUGAGGAGCCAGGAUCUGUUCACUGUUGUGCGAUACGUGUCCUACAAUCCACUGGGGCAGGACAUGGCCUGGGACUGGACCACACUCAACUGGGACUACUUGGUCAACAGGUACACUAUCAAUGACAGGAACUUUGGCCGCCUAUUGAAUCGAAUCACCACCACCUACAACACAGAGCUCCAGCUAUGGAAGAUGGAGCAUUUCUUCAGUCUAACACCAGACGCUGGUGCUGGGGAGAUGCCCAGGAAGCAGGCGCUGGAGACCGUGAGGAACAACAUCGAAUGGAUCAGGAGUAAUGAGAAUGAGAUCAAAGUGUGGCUGGAAAACAAUGUCUCCUAAAAUGGCACCAGUGUAAAACACUGCAGGGAUACAGGCACGCUGUACCUGUGAAGAACCAGAGCAUCCUCAGUCCCCUGUACUGUCGAUACAUAUGGCCUAUUCCCAUUCAGUACACACAGGGUGAGGCCGGGUUUAGUUUGUGCUCUUUUUAAAGGGCCAAAGCAGGGGGCUGCUGAUCUGAAUCAACACUGGAAAACAGAAAAUCAAAACCAAUAAUCACAUUCUUACUUCUAAACACUUCACAGCAGCAACAUUCACACACAUCCUGAUCUCCUGAGUGAAAGUCCCAUUUUUUAAAUUGCUGUAGUGCUCAUCUCAAGAAGGAUAUUUAUACAGUCCCUUCUCCUCCUCGUACUUUAAACAUUUUUAUUAUAAAUUCUUCAAUACGUUUUUGUAAUGUUUUAACUUGUGGCACAGAGAUGAUCAUCAGACCGGCCUGAGAUGAUUCAUUCUUCUUAAUCCUUCCCUCUGUGUGCAGCACAGAAAAAGUCCACACCACUCUCUGUGCAUGUGUAUGUUUAUUUGUAUUUGUAUUUGCAAGCAAUAAUGGAAGUGUACGAGUGUGAACAUG